AUGCAGCAUCUACAGCCACCCAUCAUCCCUCCUCAGGUCCUUCGCUUAGCCAUUGCCAAGUUCUCUCAUACAACCACUGCCAUCGACCAUGUCGGUCCAUUGACCUGGAAUCAUGUCCCUGGGAAUGGAGACCUCGCUUGCAUCUUUGAGAAGUUUCUCGAUUCCGGAUCUGUGCCAUCGAGGAUGAUUCAGAAAGUGGUUCGAGGUGAUGGUAUCCUGGAGCAGCUUGAUCUCGUAUUCUUCACUCGCAUGGCAGGAAUGCAGGCCCGGCUUAUUCCACCCCCAAGGUCACACUUUGCUGUCGUAGUAAAGUCGCCUUGUCUUGCAAUCAAGUAUCCUCACGGUGAAACACAUAUUCGUCGGUUUCAGAUCAAGUUCACAACAGAGCGUGACUACUUCAUGGCCUUGACUCUUCUAGGCGAAAUCAACUGUCCAUUGACAGAAGGCAAAAUACCAGUCCCAGCAAUACAACGACUCCCUUCAGUGUCAUCAUGGACGUCGGGGCAUCUCUCUUCAAUUGCCCCCCGGACUGCAAAUACGGCGGCAACUUCAACUAGCAGCAAUGGAGUCCACUUCUACCCCACGGGAGCGUUGGGGUCUGGAAGGACAACACCCAUUCGAGCAUCUUCUCCCGCAAGUACUAUUUCACACCCUGUGUCCAGAUUGGGCCCUGUGCCAGCUCUCAACCUCCCAUCCCAAAGCAUGGGACCGGUAGAUCUAUCUCAACCACUGCAUGCAUCUGCUCUCGCACACAUCUCAAACCAGGAACCCGAGCCACGAAGCUCUCAGCUUUCCACCAUAUCUGCAAUCCAUGACGUCGACCAGUUAAACCAGAUGCUCCCUCCUAAGCGAGAUCUGCCCUUCUCAAAGCCAACUGCAAGAAAGCCGCACGCUGCAAGCUUGUCUCGAGCAGCGCAGAAGCAUCCCCAGUCAGCUCCGCCGCCAAUUUCGCAACCCACUAGGCCAAACAAAGACCCAGAACCUCAUCCACCUCAUCUUGAGGUCGAACCCAAUGAUCAUUAUAAUUUGCCCGAUCCGGAUUCCCAACUCUUGUCCCAAACAAAUGCUUGCCCCGAGGCGAGCCAGCCAUUAUUGCUCUAUGAAGAGCCCCCUGCUUCCCAAAACACAGCUCCGGUCUGUGAAUCCGCCGAACAGAUAUCUCAAGUACCUAGCGUUCAGGAUACAUCGCAAACCCAGAAUAAGCAAACUAACUUGAACUGCAACCAUAAUCCGGCUAGCAAUCCAAACGACGAAGCACCCACCAUGACCGAAGACCAUCUUGUCCGGUAUCUUUCUUCACCAACAGCUGAGCGCAUUGCCUUUCUUGAGAACUGGAUGUCCGAGUUGAUUGACGAUGACAGUUUCAUGACUCUGUGCGAGGAUGUAGAUGGAACAUGGAGACGAUUUGCAUUCGGACAAAGGCAAUGA